GCACAUACUGAACUAUGUAGACAGCAUUGUGAGGUUUGAGACGGAACGCGGGGUUUCCGUUUCCGCCGCGGGUGUGUGUAUAUGUGUGUGUAUACAGUGAGUGUGUGUGUAAAGUGUGUGUGUGUGUGAGAGAGAAACCUCCCCACUGCUGAUAUGGUUAUCCCACUGUGAGGGUUUUAAAGUGGAGGGCUGAUGAUAGUCAGAGCUGGCAGUUUUAGAUUUUAUUUGGUGUGGAUAACUAUGGCCCAGGUAUCAGCACAAGAGGAAAAGGAGAAAACCGCCGCGCUGAAAGAUUUGUUGUCCAGGAUUGACUUGGACGAGCUGAUGAAGAAAGACGAGCCUGCGCUCGUUUUCCCCCAGACUCUGGAAGAGUUUGAAUAUGCUUUUAAUGAACAUGGCCAGCUGAGACACACUAGAAGCGGAGAGCCGUUCGUCUUCAACUACAAGGAGGAUCUGCACAGGUGGAACCAGAAGAGAUAUGAGGCUCUGGGAGAGAUCAUCACGCAAUAUGUUUACGAGCGCUUGGAGAAAGACUGCAAGCUGAGGAAAGAGAUGCUCCCAGUGGACGCUGAGGAAGAUGAACCGAAGAGUUUUUUCUAUCUGAGUGAGGAUGCGCUGACUAACCCAGACAAGCUGCUGGUCCUGAUCCAGGGUGGAGGAGUGGUUCGAGCAGGACAGUGGGCCAGACGCCUCAUCAUAAACGAAGACCUGGAUAGUGGAACACAGAUCCCCUUCAUCAACAGAGCCAUGAAGGUGCUGCAGCGAGGAGAGGAGAGGAAAGAAGAGAAGAAGAUGGUAGAGGAAAAGGAGGGUUACGGAGUGAUGGUGCUGAACCCUAACGAGAACUUCGUGGAGGUGGAGAAGGCUCCGGAGGCCGAGCAGAGCGGGGCGGACAGCUCGGACGAGCCGGCGGAGAAGCGAGAGCGCAGGGAGGAGAGAGAGGGGAAGAAGAAGAAAGAGUUCUAUGAGAAAUACCGCAACCCGCAGAAGGAGAGAGAGACGGAGCGCAUCCCCAUACGGGAAAAUAGCACACCGGAGGACCACACUCUCCACGUGUGGGACCACUUCAUUUUCAAAUCGCAAGCCAAGAAAGUCUUUGUUGUCGCUCACAGCUAUGGCGGCCUGUCUUUCGUGGAGUUGAUGAUCCAGAGGGAAGACGAGGUGAAGUCCCGGGUGACGGCCGUCGCCAUGACCGACUCCGUCCACAACGUGUGGCACCAGGAAGCCAGCCGGACCAUCCAAGACUGGCUAAAGGAGAAAUGCUGUAACUGGGUGUCGAGCUCCGAGCCCCUGGAUACACCGCUGGAUGCCAUGCUGCCUGACUGCCCUCGACGUUCAGCAGGCACUGAGAGGCAUGAGCUAACUUCAUGGAAAAGCUUCCAGUCCAUCUUCAAGUACUUCGACAAACACCUGGAGGAGCAGACGAAAGCAGCAGCAGCAGAAGAGGAAGAAGAAGAAGAUGAAGAAAGAGAAAAGGAAAAAGACGGGGAGGAAGAAGCUACAAAAGAGCCCCCCACCACCCGCAGCGCCAACCGAGUCAAACACGAGGACUUGUAGAACAUUUUAGAAGGUCCAGAAACAUCAGCCGUCAACAUCUCCUCUCUGAACCUCUCUCAGCCGGUUUCCUCUCUUUCACUAGAAACAAAUGAAACAUAACCCUUCUCCUGGAGGCUCUCCUCCUCCUCCUCCUCCCAACAUAUUGUCUCUCAUGCCUCGGAGUGCGAGGUCGGUGUGUAUACAUCAGAAUAGCGUUUUGCAUUACUUCUAGAUGAGCGCAACUGUCAAAGCAAUAUGGCUCCACUGCUUGUGCCUCCCCUGGGCUGCUGUGCGGAUUUGGUGGCGGCCCAUCGGUGGCCAGAUUAAGGCUGACAGGCGGCUCCGCACUGCGCCUCGUGAUGCACCUCUAAUUGUCCUGACAUCGCUCUGAACUGAGCUAAUGCCUGGGAAACACACACACAUACAUACAUGGAUACACACACUUGUAUACACACUCACACAUUUUUAUCCCCACCCCAUGGUCCUAAAACCCACUUGCAGAUCGCCCCCAGUCCCUGAAAAGCUCUGGCUUUUUCCUUUUUUUUCAUAUUUGUUCCUCGUUCAGUCUUUCAGCUCUUUUCAGCCUUGACCUGGGUGAAAUAUGUAUUUGAAGUGCUGCCUCAUGUUAGACAUUUUCAUCCUUUUCAUACUUCAGAUUCCAGACUUGUGGCCAAUUCUGGAAUUACGGGAUUAGUCCCGCUACACUCUUGUGGCUUGAACUCAGAAUUGCGAUGAUUUCGCAUAGUAUAACACAGCCGAGCAUCGUAAAUAUAUACAGUAUAUUGGACAUCAAAUAUAUAUAUGAUAUAAUUCUUUGCUUUCCCAAACUAAGAUUCUUCAUUUUUUAUGCUAAAGUCUGUGCUUUAUUACAGUAGUUUCCCAGACAGGGAUUAAGCCUAGUCUUGAACUACACAACAAUUUUGAAUGGAGUUUUUUUUUUUUAUUAUUGAAAGGAAAAUACAGUAUAGUCUAUGACUAGGCUUAAUCAAUCAAUUUAGUCAAGAAACUAAACCAUAAUUUCAUUAGGAUCCUCUGUAGGCCUGUCACAAUAUCUUUACUGUUCUUUUUGGACAAUAUAUUGACCUUAAGAUAAUUGCGAUAAAAUCAUUUUUACACCAUUUUAUGCCACUUUUUUUUUAGUAAUGAUAAUUUUAAAGCAUAAUAAUACAGCUAUACUCAUUUAAAGGACUAUGGACAUUUAAUCAAUAGUAUAUUUUUGCUUUUUACUUUAUCUGCCACAGUCAUUGCCACGUUGGUCAUUGGGUAACUGGUUAAAAAUAUUGGUGAAGCUCAUUCCUAUGUAAACAGUUUUGUAAAGGAAACACAAUAGACGAUAGCAAAGGUCAGCUAAACUUUAGCAAGCAAUUAUUUAUAGUGCGAAAAGUUGAUAAUAUUAAUAUCGUGACAGGCCUAGGACCUUCAGAAUUAUGUAAAAUAUAGGUUCGAAUCCAUUAACCUCAGUUUUUAAGUUAGCAUUAUAACUGCAUUACUUUCAAAAAUAGCAUAGACCCCACAAUCGAACCCUGUGGGGCUCCCUAAAAUCUGUUACUUUUAACUUAAAUAGUUGAAUAUCUUUCCUGUAUUUUUUUAAAAUCACUUUUGAAACAAUCCACAUUCCCAGAGUAAGUUUUAAGCAUAUCUCUUUUUACAGAAGUACGAUAUAAGUACAAAAAUUCACCGUUCAGAACGAAUUACUAAACCUAUUAUGUCCUUUCUGCCGGAUUGGAGGGAUUGGGAGGGUUAAUAUCCAAAGCAUAAGAAAGAUUCUUUUAGAUGUUUGCACAAUGUAUCCUCCCUUUCUCCCUCCUCAGCUCUCAUGCCUGUUAAAUCUCACAUUCUGAACAUCACACUGACAUCGUCCGCUCUCCCCCUAAAGCUCAUGUUAUGUCAAUUUCUUGGCAUAAACAAAAGACAUUGUCUUCUGGACAAUGUGGUAUUAGUCAAGGCUUAGAGAUACGUCGCUCAAGCACAUCAACACAUCCCUCUGCUUUAACUCAAAAACUAAUCUUCCCAGACUGGCGCACAGUCGCCGCUGAUGACAAAAAAAAAAAAAGAGCAGCGAAUUCAGCGUUGAAUCCGAGAUCUUUGAAGGUAGACUGUUUUUCGGUGUUUGAAACGGUUGAAAGGGUAAUUUGCAUAUUUUACGUGUCAUUUUAAACGAACGAACGAACGAAAAUAAAUAAACGAACGAACGAGUGUGCGAGCGAGCGAGUGAGUGAUGAGAUGUGGAGACGUUUGGGAAAUAAUGCACUAAAUAUAUCCACAUCCAAAAGCUUCAGACGUUCAAUCGCAUUCAGGCCUUUUUUUGUUUUUUAGAGGGUUUCAGAACUAUUUUUACUGCAAACACAGAAGUUUAAAGUUUUAAUAGAGCAAUAUACCUGAAAAUAUGCUCAAGUUUUUAUCUUUAAAACAAGAUGUCGCAAGACGUUGCUUAUUGCAACUUAGUUGGAGUAAAACUAUAAACACCUGUGGAACUUGAAUAGAGUUGCCUUAGGAAUAAAAUACAAAAGACAAAUUUCAUCUUCCUAUUUUAUUUUUUCUUAAUUUUCCUUCUUUUCUAACAAUAUGACUACUAAGCCAUAUAGGAUCUUUCAUUUGUGGAAGUGUAAGAGAUGUGGGAGUGUAAGAGUGCAGGCUUAACCAAAUAAUAAAAACGCCAGACCUACACAUUUGAUAUGUAAAUUCAUUUUAACGGUUGCUGUUUUUUUUUUUUAAAUGACUGAUUUUUACAUUUAUAUCAAGCCGUUUGAUUCGCUUUGAACUGGUGUAGAACUGGAGUUUAUUUCUGAAAUGAUGAUUAGAUGUUUUAUCUUUGGGUUUGGGAAUGGUUAUGGUAAUUUUGUUAUAUUUGAGUAAGUUUUUCAUCCUUCCUUUGUCUUCGUUUCUGUUUUGCAAAGACAAAGCAGUUCCUUUCUUUAAAUUGAGAUUGGAUUUGGGGUUUAUCCACGUGGUCCACAUGUUUUUUGAUUUGUAUCUUCUUGUACUUCAUCUUUAUCUUUUUUAUGCUAAUUUACAACAGACUAUGGCUGUUAUAAAAUAAACACAUUUUUAUGCUUA